AUUCCUGGGCUUCUCAAGGAGAGAAGCCCAGGCAGUUUCUACCUAGUGCAGAAAUGAUGUAGCCCCACGCUGACCUUUGCUUGUACUUCGAGGUCACCCCUGUCUGCGGCACGUUGGGAAGGCUAUGAUGGGAAUGGAUGGGAGAACUCGGAGGCUCUCCCUAACCCACUGCUUCUGCCUGGAAGAUCCUUCUUUAGGAGAGCUGUCUCCCGUGGUGGUGGACUCCAAGGGGCAAAGCGAUAAACACAGCGCAGAGGGCCCCGGGCACAUGCUUCCUACGGUCUAGUCCAGGAAGCCCUUACGCGGGCCUGGGCUCUGGGAUGCGGCGUGCUGGACGCAUGGCCUUGGCCUAAGUGACGAUGGUCCGCCGCGGGCUGCUGGGGUGGAUUUCCCGGGUAGUAGUCCUCUUUGUGCUGCUCUGCUGCGCCGUCUCCGUCCUCUACAUGCUGGCCUGCACUCCCAAGGGCGACGAGGAGCAGCUGGGACUGCCCAGGGCCAACGGCCCCACGGGGAAAGAGGGCUACCAGGCAGCGCUGCAGGAGCGCGAGGAGCAGCACCGCAACUAUGUCAGCAGCCUCAAGCGGCAGAUUGCGCAGCUCAAGGAGGAGCUGCAGGGGCGCAGCGAGCAGCUGCGAGGUGCUCAGGACCAGGCCAGCGAGGCGGCAGGCCGGGGCCCGGCGCCCAAGGCCCAGGCACAGGCCGACCUGCUGGCUUUCCUGCGCGCUCAGGUGGACAAGGCCGAGGUGCACGCAGGGGUCAAGUUGGCCACUGAGUACGCCGCGGUGCCCUUCGACAGCUUCACCCUGCAGAAAGUGUACCAGCUGGAAACCGGCCUGACGCGCCACCCCGAGGAGAAGCCGGUGAGGAAGGACAAGCGCGACGAGCUGGUAGAAGCCAUUGAGUUGGCUUUGGAGAGCUUGAACAACCCCUCAGAGAGCAGCCCCAACCAGCGUCCGUACACGGCCUCGGACUUCAUAGAAGGGAUCUAUCGAACAGAAAAGGAUAAAGGUACUUUGUACGAGCUCACCUUCAAAGGGGACCACAAGCACGAAUUCAAGCGACUUAUCUUAUUUCGACCCUUUGGCCCAAUCAUGAAAGUAAAAAAAGAGAAAGUCAACAUGGCCAACACACUUAUCAACGUUAUCGUGCCCCUAGCCAAAAGGGCGGACAAGUUCCGGCAGUUCAUGCAGAAUUUCAGGGAGAUGUGCAUCCAACAAGAUGGGAGAAUCCAUCUCACUGUUGUUUACUUUGGGAAAGAAGAAAUGAAUGAAGUCAAAGGAAUACUUGAAAACACUUCCAAGGCUGCCAACUUUCGGAACUUCACCUUCAUCCAACUGAAUGGAGAAUUUUCCCGGGGAAAGGGACUCGAUGUCGGAGCCCGCUUCUGGAAGGGCAGCAACGUCCUUCUCUUUUUCUGUGAUGUGGACAUCUACUUCACCUCAGAGUUCCUCAACACGUGCAGGCUGAACACACAGCCAGGGAAAAAGGUGUUUUAUCCAGUCCUUUUCAGUCAGUACAACCCCGGCAUAAUCUACGGCCAUCACGAUACCAUCCCGCCCCUAGAACAGCAGCUGGUCAUAAAGAAGGAAACUGGAUUUUGGAGAGACUUUGGAUUUGGGAUGACAUGUCAGUAUCGCUCAGACUUCAUCAACAUAGGUGGGUUUGAUUUGGAUAUCAAAGGCUGGGGCGGAGAGGACGUGCACCUGUAUCGCAAGUAUCUCCAUAGCAACCUCAUAGUGGUGAGGACACCCGUCCGGGGACUCUUCCACCUCUGGCAUGAGAAGCGCUGUGUGGAUGAGCUGACCCCUGAGCAAUACAAAAUGUGCAUGCAGUCCAAGGCCAUGAACGAGGCAUCCCACGGGCAGCUGGGGAUGCUGGUCUUCCGGCACGAGAUAGAAGCUCACUUGCGCAAACAGAAACAGAAGACAAGCAGCAAAAAAACAUGAACUUCUAGGGGGUGAAUUUUGAGAGACAAUUUUUUCUUCCUUUUGCAAUUACCAAACUAAUGGCUGCAACAAGGAAAAGACUGCCACAGAGGGCGAAAAAAGAAUCUGACUGAUUAGUAAAAGAUGAGAGGAGAGAGCCUUCAAUUUCUCUCUAUUUGGUAUUAUGCAAGAGGAAUUAAAAUCUCCACUGCGCCUGCAAACAUCGCCCAGAUGCACCCGAGAAGAGUCUGACAAAGGCAGACUGAUUAGGAGAUGAUAAGCCUGAUGGUGUGGAGGUUUUGAUUGUGUUUACAACGAAACGAGAUCUGUUGUUUUCUAUGCUCAUUGGGAUAUUCAUGAAUUAAGACUAGUUUUGUAAAAAGUCCAUUAGAAUGAAAGGCAAACACAUUUUUCCACGUAUGAAUGAUUCCGUCAGUGGGGCGCUAGUUGUAGAAAUAUUAAAGUCUCUGAAGGCAGCAGAGGAAACCGAGUCAAGUGUGUAGAUCCACUAUCAUGAGCCUCAUGAAGGUAGUAGGCAAAAUCAGGUGGACUGGAUGGACCAGGAACCAUAAAUACUGUGUCAUUUUCCCCCAAGAUUAACCAAAAAUGAUCUGUUUCUCUUUUGGUCAUCUUUUUAACCCUCUCCAUUUGUUUAUUUAAAAAUGCACUUUCUCUUUGCUUUUUGUGAGUUAUAUUCUGCGUAUUUAAUUACCAAUUUGCAAGCCUUACUAAGAGAGCACAAGUUAGCAUAUAUAUGUUUAUGGUUUUUUUUAAGAAGAUAUUUUUAGAUGCAUUGUGAGAACUUUCAGUUCAGAACAUUGGAUUAAUACCGCAUCUGAGGACUUGCCAAAUGUGGAUAUUGUCCAGCACUGAAGGUCCAGCCCUUGAGACACAGGGAGGCCUGGCUGGGGCCACUGAGGAAGAGGUGUGUAGAUGCUUUAUCUGAAGAGUGAGCAGGAGGAGGAGCAACUGAACACUGGAGGAAAAGAAAAGACACCUUCUCCUUAACCGGAAAGGAAUGCAUUCUGACUGAUGAUAUCUUGAUAGAUUUAAAAGUCACUUUCUUACCUGUUUAAAUAAACCAAAGUUAUGAACCAAACAAUCUCUUUUCAAAGCAGGGUGCUCUUCCUGGCUUCUGGCUUCCAUAAGAAGAAAAGCAGGAGAAAAAAAAAAAAAAACAACUCAAUCUAUCUGCCAGAGUCCUCCGAGAUGGAAGUUUUUACUACAUGUUCACUCACCCCAGGCGAGGUGGAAGUAAUUUAAUUAUUUUUAAAAUUAAGCAGUUCUACUCAAUCAUCAAGAUGCUUCUGCAAAUUGCAUUUUAUUACAGUUUCAAAGUGUUUCUUAAAAAAUAAGUACAGUUAACAUUGAGUGGUUUCUACAUCCAUGUGAGGAUAAUUUAUUUAUUAGCCAGCACCAGAUGCACGAGCUAAUUAUCUCUCUGAUUCCUUUCCUUCUGUUUGCCUACAGUAAACUCAUUGUUUAAAAGCUUCAAGAGCAUUCAAGCUGUUGGUAUAAGAAAAAGAACUGUAUUGAUUUGUACUGGUAGUUCAUAAAAUUUAAUUAAAACACAAGACAUGAAUGGAAGGUGGCAUUGCACAGCUAAUAAAAAUAUGAUUUGUGGAUUUGA